AUGCAGCUACACUAUAGCCUCGUCGCCGUCCUCGCGUCCCUCCACAUAGCCGUUGCGAGCGGCAGGAAGGGCUCCUGCGACGGCAACUGGACCUGCGACCACGCCUGGACGGCCGGGAUGCCGGUCCUGCAGUGGAUCAGGGCCCAGACGUUCAGUUUUCCCAAGGGGCACAGGUUCAAGAGCGGCGAGCACAUCAUCUGCAGAUAUUACAUGUGGGGGCCCGCGGGGUUCUGCGCCUUCCUCGAGAACACAAAGGACGGCGCGUCGGGCCAGCGCGUGCUCGAGCUGCUCAAGGCAAUCGCCGACCGCGGCUGCACGAGAUGCGGCUCGUAUCCCGUCAAGGGGGAGAAGGGCACGCCGGAGUGGGACGGGCAGCUCACCGUCAACUACGUCCACGCAACGAACUGCGAAGGGGCCUGCAUAUAG